AUGGCGGAGAAAACCAAUUGUGCAAAAUGUCAAAAAGCUGGAUGUGCUGCAAAGUGUUAUGGAUGUCAACAAUCAUAUUGUAUUCCACAUUUUGUAAAACAUCGAUUAUAUCUUGCUCAACAAAUGGAUGAUCUUCAAGAAAAAUAUAAAGUCUUAGAAAAAGAUGUAGAUGAAAAUGAUUUUGAACAAUCCUUUCUAUCGAGUAUUUAUGCUUGGGAACGAAAAGCAAUCAGAAAAAUUCAGGAAAUUGCUGAAAAAGCUCGAAAUGAUAUUCAAGAAAUCAUUGAAAAAAGAAAAGAUGAAGUUAAAAUUUCAUUAAAUAAAACACUUUCAGAAUAUGGCACAACUGCAAAAUCAGAGAAUUAUACAGAAAUUGAAAUUGAUAAAUGGACUAAACAAUUAUCUGAACUUCGAAAUUCACUGGAAAAACCAACGAAUAUUUGUAUUGUAGAAGAUAGAAAAGCUACUGCAACAAUUCGUGGAAUUAAAAUUAUCGAACAACAAGAACAAUCACUAUGUUCAAAUCCCAUAUCACAAACAAAUAAUCAUACAUCAGAAAAAUUAAUUGAAUCUAUACAAGAACAUUUUGUAUCAAUGUAUGGACCAUGUACAAUAUCUGAAGAUAAAUCUCUUGUUAAACAUUCAAGUUAUCGUGCUGGAAUAUCACAAAUCAGUGGUGUUAAUAAUUAUUCAUCGGGAAAACAUUCUAUUGUAUUUUUAAUUGAAAAAAAAGGAACGAAAAAUAUUUUUUUUGGUAUACAUUCUGCAGCAAAAGAAGUUUCUACUGCAGCAUAUGAUCGUUCAAUUUAUGGAUGGUGGAAUCUUGAUUAUGUUAUUAUGAAUGGUGAUAAUGUAGAUGGUAAUAAUAGUAAGGAAAUAAUUCAAACAGGUGAUAAAAUAACAUUAAUUAUCGAUUGUGAUAAUCAACAAGUACAAUUUGAGCAUCGUCGAAUUGAAAAACUUGUUCAUUUACCCGUAGUACUUAGUGAAUGUCCAUUUCCUUGGCAAAUACUUAUUAGAUUGAUUAAUUCAGGUGAUUGCAUUCGUAUUCUAAGAUAA